AUGAGAGAUGGUAGUUUACUGUCUGUUUUCGGCAACGAAGCGCCACAUCAGUCGACAAUUUCCCGAUGGUAUGGAGAAUUCAAACGGCAGUCACCCAGGAAAACAAAAUUAGUUUCUCGUUGGAUACCCGACCUGUUGACUGAGAAAGCAGCCAGGGUUAAUUGGUGUCAAAAAACGCUUGACCGUGAAGAAAAGCCAACAAAAGUCAUCCGUUUUCGAAGUGUUUCGAAAAAGGUGCAAAGAACUGUUACUGCGGAUUGGUAUGCCAUCACUUAUUUGCCAAAAGUCAUCACCGAUCUUCGAAAAAUCAACCCCGAAAGGAGAAUCAUCCUCCACCAAGAUAAUGCAAGCUCGCCCACAGCCCAAAAAACAAGGCAGUAUUUAACGGAUGGAAACGUGGAAUUAUUGGACCAUCCUCCAUAUAGUCCCGAUCUAAGUCCUAACGAUUUCUUCACUUUCCGGAAAAUUAAAAACAGACUGCGUGGUCAAAGGUUCCAGCCACCAGAAGAAGCAGUUGACGCAUUCAAAAAUGCCUGGUGCAGACAAAGGUCACUCUGGGAUCAGGAAUGGAACAGUAUUGUCUUUAGUGACGAGUCUCGAUUUUGUUUAGGCAUGCACGAUGGUCGUGCCAGGGUUAGAAGGCGACGUGGUGAAAGGAGGAAUCCACAGUCUUUUGUUGAAAGACAUGUUCAUCACACUGUUGGAGUUAUGGUUUGGGGUGCUAUAGCUUAUGGUUCCAGGUCACCUUUAAUCUUCAUCAGAGGUAACAUGAACGCGCAGCGUUAUAUCCACGAAGUUCUAGAACCCCAUCUUUUACCCUAUCUUGACACCCUGGCAGAUCCAACUUUCCAACAAGAUAAUGCCCGACCACAUGUUGCAAGAGUCACAAUAGACUUCUUUCAACAAAAUGAUGUCACAUUGUUACCAUGGCCACCAAUAUCUCCCGACUUAUCCCCAAUUGAGCACGUGUGGGAUAUGAUGGGUAGGAGAUUGCUCAAUUUGCAACGUCCUCCUCAGACUCUAGAAGCACUUCGAGAGGAGUUGGUGGUUGCCUGGAAUGAGAUACCACAGGAGGACAUUGGCCACCUGAUCAGAAGCAUGCCUAGGUGCGUUGGAGAAUGCAUAGCACAUCAGGGUGCAUCCACACAUUAUUAA